AUGAAUAUAUUUCCAUUUGAAAUAGAUUUUGAUCAAUAUAAAAUAGAUAAUUCAUCAUUAUUUAUUGAUAUAAAAUUAUCAAAAAAUUUCAUUCAAUGGAAACAUUCGAGAAAAAAAUAUAUAAAUUUACAUAUGAAAAGUAAAACAAAAUUUAAUCAAUGUCAAUUUCAAUUACGUAUAAAUGAUUGUUCAUUAUCAAAGUUUCAAAAUUAUACAAUUAUUAAUCAAUAUUGUGAAAUAAAUUAUGAAUCAAUGAAACAUAUUCGUCGAAUAAUUAAUAUUAGUAAUGACACAAAUCAGGCACUUUUUCCAUUAGCAAUAAAUUCGACCAUAGAAGUUUUUAAUUCAACUGAAAAAUAUAUAAAUUAUGCAAUUAUUCUUCUUAUUAGUUCGAUUCUUUUAAGUAUAUUAGCUUGGAUAUUUGUUAGUUGUAUUGAACAAUGUCGAAAACGAAAAUCGGAUGUGAUUAGAUCACCAUCGGCAACAGAUAUUUCAAGCGAAAAUAUUACAUCACAUACAAAUACAACAUUACUCAUGUAG